AUGGCCGAUUUAUCAAGCCAAAUAAACUUGAUUACUACAAAACUCUCUGAGCAAUUGAAUGCAUUGGAGCAAGAGUAUCAACGCUGGUCUGAUUACAAGACAGAUUACGAUGCAUUGGAAAACCAGCUCAAAACAUUGCCUGAUAACACAACUAAAAGUGCCAUGGUAUAUCAACUGACAUGA